AUGGCACACAUUCAAGCAACAAUCAAUGAGAUCAUCAAUGAGAUCAAACAGAUCAAUCAUAUCAACAACAACAACGCUUUGAUGUUGACAACUGAUGAUGGUUCAAGUAACAACAGUAAUGAUAAUGAUGAUUGCUCAACAGAGGAAUUCACACAAUUGAUUGAAUCAAUCACAACAUGCACAUCGAUCGAUGAGUUCGCCAAGAGUGUUGCCGUUGAAGACAACCUUAUCAACAAUGACAAUCAGACACAAAUCAAUGAUCAUGAAUUAUUGUCAAUGAUCGGUCGUCAUGCCAAACACAUGAAGAUUGUACCAUACGAUAAGGUACCGCAAGCAUGUCAAAUUAACGUUGAUGUCGAGCAGCUGAGUCGCGUCAAGAAGCAGAUCGAGGCAAGCUUUGUACUCAUCAACGAAGAGGCCCAACGACACGAGUAUGAUGGCCAGAUAAUUGCAUUUAACUCAGAGGGAGGGGGUAUCUCAUCAUUCUCACUGGAGACACUCAAAUGGACACCGAUCGAGACCAAAUUUGAGGAACUACCGGAGAAUUCCUAUCACUCGUCGGUCUAUGCUCGAGGUAGCAUCUAUUCAUUCGGAGGAUUAUUCCUCCCGAACGUAUACACUCGCUACUCAUUGGCCGAGAAGAAGUUAUAUCAAUCAUACAUUGUCGGAGCAAAUGGAGGAUUCUUUAUAUCAGUUUGCUUCGAUGGCGAAAAGUACAUCUACCUCGUUGGUGGAGCCGACUUGGACAAUGAGCAAAAUAUCGUGUUAUCAUUUGAUCGCGUGGAUCGCUUUAACAUCGAGACUGAGCAAUUUCAACAUGUCGAACAACAUCUUAACUUUGGUCCUAUGGCAUACUCCACAACGUUCUUCCACAACAACUUGCUCUAUAUUGUGAAUGGAUAUGACAUUUCAUCAUUCAAUGUCCAGACUAGGGUACACACCAAGAUUACCACCCAUGAAGUCAAACAUCAUACCCACAGUUGCUACGAUGGCAUUGACAAUGUCUACACCUUAUCAAAAUCGCAGUUUACACGAUACACUCUGUCCACCAAACGUAGAUCUCAACUUCGUAGGAGUCCAAUUAAUCUGGAACAUUUGAUGUUUGUGUAUGAUGGAACCGGGGGCAUUCUAAUCAUUGGUGGCACAGGCAAGAAUCACCGAUACUCCUUUCAAGAUAACACAUGGACAUUGCUCAAUGAUAAUGAUACUGUUGUCAAACGUUUAAUGGAUGGAAUUUGUUUGAUCCGCGACUGA